UUUAGUUUUUUCGAAGUAAUAAAUAUUUUCUUUAUCAAUCCCUUUAACCCUAAUUUUUUAACCCUAAUUUGCAGCACUUGCAGUAUUGUCUUCGCCAUUGCCGAGGCUUCUCGAACAAGUUGCAGGGGCUUACUGUACUUUGUUUGAGUGCAUUUGCAUUAAGAUGGAUGGAGCUUGUUGAUGGAAUUGCAGAAGGUGGUACAUUGUUGCGGUGUGUCGUGAGUUUCGUGAAAUUUGUUGUCGGAUCUUGCGAGGUACAUUAGCGACAUGGAAACUGAUGAACUUAUGGAAAUGAUGGUGCCGAUGGGGCACCUGAAUGCUAUUAAGUUUGAGUUUAUGACCAGAGAAGAUAUAGAAAAGUUUUCAGUUUUAUCGAUAAGUAACACCAGUGGUGUAACUGAUCCUCAGUUAGGGCUUCCUACCCCUGACCGCAAAUGUUCCACAUGUGGUGCAUCUGAUAAUCUCAAUUGUGAUGGUCACUUUGGGGACAUUGAAUUGCCAGCCACCAUAUAUAAUCCAUAUCUUGUUCAUGCACUUGUGCAAAUUUUGAAUAAUAUUUGUCCAGGGUGCAAAUCAAUUCGACAGAAAAAGGGGAAGAAAUUGAAAAUGUUGGAUAAAGGAGAUUGCAAGUAUUGUGCUAAAAAGGGCUUCAAUGAAAAACAGUGGUAUCCCUCACUGAAGUUUAAGGUUGUGACAAGGGAUUUCUCUGGAAAGAAAUGUUUGUCUAUUAUGAUGGAAGUGGACCCACGGCUGCCAGCCAAGUUUCAUGGAAAGGCUUUGAACGAGUUGCUACCUGAUGAUUACUGGGAGUUCAUCCCAAAUGGACUGAAUUUUUUGGAGUCAUCUGGAAAGAGGAUCCUUUCACCUUACCAGGCAUAUACUUUAUUGGAAUCUCUGGAUCCAGGGGCCUUUUCUAAAUAUGCUCCAAGGAGGCAAUCUUUGUUUCUGAAUUCAGUUCCAGUUACUCCAAAUCAUCACCGAGUGAUGGAGUCUAAGAACCUCUUUACUGAUGGACCCCACAUAAUGCCUGACAACCGCACAAUGGCUUUGAAAAAACUAAUCAGUGCUUCCAAUCAACUGUUAUUUAUGGGUAACCUGGUUACCACUCGCGGAAAUUUGGUUCUCGAUUAUUUUAAGGAGUCAAAGUUUGGCGGUAAGAAGCUUUGGAAAGCAGUGGCUAAUGGUGGUUCGUCUAGUUCAAAAUGGUUUAAAGAUACUGUUCUUGGUAAAAGAACAAAUUAUGCAUUUCGAAUGACUGUUGUUGGUGAUCCAAAAAUUAAAUUGGGUGAAAUUGGGUUCCCACGUGAUAUUUCAGAAAAUUUGAUGAUCCCACAGCAUGUAAAUUUGUUUAACUUGAAGAUGUUGACCUCUUGUGCAUAUUCCAUUCUCCAACAAAAGACUGUUUUUUAUGUAAGACGAAAAGGUGAUCUUGUGCCUGUUAAACAUCCAUAUGAUCUGGAGGUUGGUGAUGUGAUAUAUAGGAAUUUAAGAGAUGGGGAUCUUUUGAUGAUUAAUCGACCUCCAUCAGUUCAUCAGCACUCCUUGAUUGCUUUCACUGUUAGGGUACUUAACAUGAAAUCUGUCAUUUCAAUUAAUCCCCUCUGUUGCUCUCCUUUCUUUGGUGAUUUCGAUGGAGACUGUCUUCAUGGAUUUGUUCCUCAAUCCAUUGACAAUAGAGUAGAACUACAAGAGCUUAUGACUUUACAUCACCAACUAUUGAAUGGGCAAGAUGGUCUGCCACUGGUUUCACUGAGUCAUGAUAGUCUCACUGCUGCAUAUUUGGUCACAAGAAAUGACGAGUUCCUUGAUCAAUUUCAAAUGCAGCAGUUACAAAUGUUUUGUCCAUCUGAGUUACCUAUUCCAGCAAUUUGUAAAUCACCUUUAUCGCGUGGUCCUCUUUGGACUGGACAUCAAUUCUUUAGCAUGUUUCUUCCUAAAUCUCUUGAUUAUCAAUAUGUUUCCAAUGGGGUUCUAAUUUCUGAGGGUGAAUUGCUUACCACUUCUGGAGAAUCACGUUGGCUACAAAAUUCAAACGAGGGCAUUUUCUUUGCCAUUGUAAAACAUGUUCCUCUUAAAGCUCUCAGCUAUCUACAUUCUGCACAGGAAGCUCUCUGUGAGUGGAUGAUGAUGAGAGGUUUUACUGUGUCUUUUUUGGAUAUCUCUCUCGCAUCUAAUUUGUAUUCUCGAGAAAAAAUGGUUGAUGAGAUUAGAUGUGCGGUGCAAGAAGCCAAGCGCUUGGCUCGUGUCAUGCAAUUGACUACAGAAUAUCUUAAAAAGAAAUCAGGUAUGGAUUAUCCUGAAGAUUAUUAUUCGAACAGGAUCCCGACUGGUUUUAACGAGCAAUCUGGACGUGCAUUUAGGGAUGUUUACUUUGAUAUUCUAAGGCUAAUCCCUGAAUAUGGCAGUAAGAACAAUUCGUUGUUGGCAAUGACAUCAGCUGGAAGCAAGGGGUCCAUACAAAAACUUGUUGAGCAAUCUAUGUGCCUUGGCUUACAAAUAUCAAGGAACUCGUUAUCUUUCGGCACACAUGAGCUCAAUCAGGGCCAUGUUUCUUGUACAAUAGUUGAGACCUCAUUCUUAGAUGGACUGAACCCAUUCGAGUGUCUAGUGCAUGCUUCAUCUAGUCGGGGAAAUUGUUUCAGUGACAGUGCUGAUGUUCCCGGGACUUUGACUCGUAAGCUUAUGUUUUUCUUGCGAGAUUUAUGUCUUGCAUAUGAUGGAACUGUGAGAAGUGCUUAUGGGAAUCAAGUUAUACAGUUCUCUUAUGGUAACUCAGAUGGAAAAGUGGAUGUUAAUUGUGAUAAACCCCAAGACCUAUCUCCUGAGAGUGCAUGGUGUGAUGCCCCUGUUGGUGGUCUACCUGUUGGGUCUUUGGCUGGUUGUGCUAUCUCAGAAGCUGCAUAUAGUGCAUUGGAUCACCCUCUUGGACUAUCAGGAACAUCUCCACUCUUAGAUCUAAAGCUGCUGGUUAAUCACUAUUCUCCAUAUCAUCUUAAAAUAAUCAAUAUUCCCUUUGAAAACGAGUGGUUGGGAAGGCUACAGAGACAGGUUAUAAUGGUCUUCAAUAGUCAAAGAGAUGUUGGAGAGGCCAGGACUUGUUCUGAAUUGGAUGCAAGAAGUCCUAUCGAUUGGGCAGUGCAAGGAGCAUUGUUCCGUAAUGGAACUGUAAAAGCUGGAUACAAAUGCCUGGCUUCAAACUCUGAGGAUAAUUACAACAUGGGAUCAAAUAUCAGUCCUUGGGUUUGUCAGAUUCAUGUCUGCAAGGAAAAAAUGAGGGCUAGAGGAUUGUCGAUAGGGCUACUUGUAGAUGCUCUUGUUCGUAAUUAUGACUCCUGCACUAGAGGGGUUAGACAUUUUGUCCUUCCCAAGUUGCACAUAUUUCAUGGGUAUGGUGUUUUCUCCUUUGAUGGGGAUGAUAACCCUGGAACAAUUUCUAUUGGGGUGGCAAUGGAAGUUCUUGCAGAUUUUCCAAACCCACUGAAUAUAAUGCGAGACUUGAUUAUUCCGCUCCUUCUACGGACUGUUAUUAAAGGGUUCGAGGAGAUAAAAAAAGUGAUGAUUUUCUGGAAAGAUCACCCUAGGACAUCGAGUUUGAAAAGAGGUCAUUCUGGUGAACUCUUUUUGAAGGUUGCCAUGUCAGAGAAAUGUAAGCCAGGGAGACUCUGGAGUAUUCUGCAAAAAAGAUGCGAUGCUAUAGCUAAGCUGAUUGACUGGCAACGUAGUCACCCUGAUAGCUUGCAGAAUAUCUGUAAUGCUUUUGGGAUUGAUUCUGCAUGGAAGUACUAUUUUGAGAAUGUGCACUCUGUUCUGUCUGGUAUGGGGAAGAAGGUGCACAGAGAGCAUCUACUUAUUGCCGCUAAUUGUCUAUCAGUAACUGGAGAGUUCCAUGGUUUAACUUUGAAAGGCAUAAAAAAGCAUCGGAGUCAAAUGUCAAUUACAACACCAUUUAUGCAAGCCUGUUUUGCUAGCCCAAGUGAAUCUUUCCUCCAAGCUGCAAAAACUGGUGCAGAAGAUAGACUUCAUGGACCUCUAGAUGCUUUGGCCUGGGGAAAGAAAGCUUGCAUUGGGACACAUGGGAGUUUUGACAUACUAUUUAAUGAUAAUGAUCAGAAAGCUGCUCCAUGUGAGUUGGGAGAUGGAACCUUGUCAUGUGAUCCUUAUGAGGUGAUCCUUGGAGCGGAGAUAGGUGAACUAGGAUAUCGAGAUGCUGGUAUCGGAUCAGUAGGAUCCAAUGAUCCAAGCGACCAAACAAAUUCAAAUACCAAAAUGUUCAAGCCCUGGUAUGAUAUCAUGGAAAUGCGUAAAUCACUACGUUCCAUUUUGCGCAAAUACAAAAUGGGUGAAUUUUUGAAUGAAGAGGACGAACCCAUUGUGAUGAAGGCCUUAGAUUUCCAUCCUAGAAAGGAUAAAAAAUUGGGCACUGGUGUUCACAGAAUUAAGGUUGGGCAUAACCCCUCAUAUCCUCAAUCAGAAUGUUUUGUGGUGGUAUGGGAAGAUGGAUCUGAAGUUGACUUCUCAUAUCGGAAGUGUGUUCCUGGUGGUAUGGGAAGAUGGAUCUGAAGUUGAUUUCUCAUAUCGGAAGAGUGUUACUACUCGUGCUGAGCUUCUUUCAGCUGCUAUUGCAUUUGAGUUUUGGAGUCGAUUUUGUCACUAAAGGCAGCAUUGAAUCAAAGCAGUUACCUUAUUUGGUCCAACUCAAAAACAUAAUUGAAAGUAUAUUCUUCUGCUUCAUGUACUAGGAAUCGUUCUUUUUGUAAGUCACUGGUGGUAAUCAAAUCUGUGGCUUUGUGAUGCAAUUUGUCAACACCGUAACCAUGAAGCUAGGUGCCUGAAAUAGGAACCUUUAAUAUCUUUUUGCGUAGCCAGACUGUACUAUGAUCUUCUUCUUUGAAUAUUUGAAUCUACAACUGGGAGUUCCAAGAAAUGUUGAGUAAUGUACAUGAUGGGCGAUGCUGCUAAAAAAUUGUAUGGUGAGGAAACACUCAAUCAAUCAAUUGUAUCAUUGUAUGUACA